UCUAUAUAUUUAUAGAAUCGCCGUCGAUCACAUAGAAGAGCGGAUAAUCACAUAGAUAGAACAUGAAAAUGGUAGUGUCAUUUGACAUGAUGCUGAAGUUGAUUGCGGCCAUUGGACUUUCGUGUCAUUUUUGUACAGCGCUAGCGUCAUCUGUCUCAGACACGUCUUGCACUGCUGGUGGAAGUGAGUGUAAUAAAAUAUCCAACUCAACAUGUGUAUCUACUAAGUGCAAGUGUAAUGCUGGGUACAAUGAAACCACUACCACUUGUACCAAAGUUUUAGGUGCAGCUUGCAAGACAGCCUCUGAUUGUUCAACCCAAGUUUCUCAUUCUAACUGUAGUACAACAUGUUCAUGUGUACCAAAGUAUCAAGAAAAGAAAAAUAUAUGUGUAAAAUCCGUAUCACUAACGACAUGCGCUGCGAAUGGAAACGAAUGCGAUCAGAUAGGGAACGCUGCUUGUGUUUCAAACAAGUGUAAAUGCAAUGCCGGUUUUAAAGACGACGUCGAUGCUUGCACUAAAGUACUCGGUGCAGCAUGUAAAACAGCUGGCGAUUGUACAACUGUUCCCAAUUCAGCGUGUACAACAUCAACAUGUACAUGUUCUACAGGCUAUAAAGAAUCGGACAAUAUAUGUGCAAAACUACUUGGUGCAGCAUGUAAAGCGGAUGGCGAUUGUACAACAACUGAUCCCAAUUCAGCGUGUACAGCAUCAAAAUGUACAUGUUCUACAGGCUAUGAGGAGUCAGAUAACAUAUGUGCAAAACCUGUCUCAGGAAUAGCAUGUACCAAAUCUGGGAACGAAUGCAAUUCUAUCGCCAACUCUGCUUGUGAUGUACCAAAUGCAAAAUGCAAAUGUGAUUCCGGUUUCAAAGAAACGGUGAAUAAGUGCACAGCAGAAUCUAAGGCCAUCACAGUAUCUACUACAACAAUUACUACAUUGUUUGGUGCUACGUUACUUGUGUUUGCUUUCAAAGACCUUUUUUAGGCUGGUAAAUUAUUCAACACAACGUAUUACCCGAUCAUGACAGAUAAAUAAGAAAAUAUGUAUUUAUAUGUUCAGCUUAAGACAUUAGAAGCCUUUUAGACAAAUCACAUUUUCAAAAUUAUCCGCGGGAGAAGUGUGUAGCGUGUAAAUGACCAAUAUACUUUUUUAUGUGGAAACAUUUCUAUGCUUUAGUAGUUUAUCAUUUUACUUACUCAUAUCACUCUCUCCUAUCUGAUUGACUAGAGCAUAAAAUUCAUACCGCCAAUUUUAAUAGAUGUGCAUUUGUGCUUAUUUGUAAGUUUUUCAUGUUAUUGUUAACUUAAUGGCAGGUUUAAUUUCUAUCAAGAUCUUUAUAUAAAUUGUUUAAGUAUAUAUAUUUCAUUCAUUUUGUCAGUCCAAAAAUCCAAUGUAACAAACAGGGGAUAUUCUUAGUAUUUUUGUCAGGAAAAUACUUAACAACUAUUUUAACGCUUUGGCAAAGUUAAAAAGAAGCAAAUAUGUAAAUGUUUUCAAUGAAUCAAAAACCAAUUUCAGUUCAUCGAAAAUAUUUACAUACUGAACGAGUCUCUUUGAUGUUAAUCUUUGAAGUUCAUGUUCCUUUCUUUACGGAAAUAAAAUCUAAGCGGAAAGUUAAAGUGGCAUUAUGCGCAUCUUAGUGUUUUUUUGGGUGACUGUUUUAUAAACGCAGUUUUCAGUUGCUGUGCAUUUAAAUGUGUUACAUAAACGAUAAUGCUGCAUAAGUAUUUGAAGUUGAUGUUUUGAAACAAAGAAAUCGGACUUAUAAAACAAUAGUUCCAUUAUUCGCAGUGAUCUCCCUAAUGUUGUUGUUGUUGUUGGUAGAGAUUUCUGCAGUGGAAGGGAGGCAAGCCUUGCAUACAGUU